GAAUCCACUUGGCGGUGGUGCCUAGGUUGCCCAUUCAGGGGCCGUCGCCCCCCCUUCCCUCUUCUCAUGGACAUGGACAUAACUCCUCGCCAACCAAACCAGCCCCUCGUUCCCAGGCACUUUUGUUUUAAUCCUUCACUCCUCUUUCAUCAUCUUUCAUUUCAUUGGGAGUACCUAAUCGACCUCUUUUCGGCGCCUGCCGGGCGUCAGAAGACGACUCAUCUGCACCGUUUCAUGACGCAGACUUGGAGUCGAUCCCUGAAGAAGGCGGUGUAACACACUGGCUAUUGCCUCGGGACCGUUAAUUGACCCGACAGCGCGGAACCCUUACACCCUCAUUACCCUACGUUGUAUUGAGACAUGUUCAACUCGGCCGCCGGUUCGGUAAACGGACCACCAGCUCUUCUUCUUCCUCCUCCUCCUCCUCCUCCUCCUGACUGCGACCAUGACAUCCACGGCCACGAUAUCUCCGCCCACACCACCCACCAUGCUUUUCACGCAAAUUCGCCUUAUCUGGCGUCGUCGGGACCAUCCUUCUACCCGGCCGCCGCUCAGCACCAAGGUUACAGCGGGUCUCUGAGUUGGGGGCCGUCGACCCUGGCUGCGAACUCGAGCCCCGAAGCCCUGUUAUAUGAGAGACGACAGCCGGCGUCCUUUAUGACCGCCGUCUCCCCGUUUCACUCGAAUGCCUCAGCUUUACCCUUUCAAGUCUCCGGCGAGACGCACGAUUCGCUGACAUGCAGGCCCCUGUGGCCCGUCGACGUCGACCAGAUCGCAAGCACGUCUGUGGGAGCCCCUCCCCCGCCAAAAUAUAUCACCAGUCCGCCGGGACCCAUGCAGGUGCGAAUGGGUAACGGCCUCAUCUCGGCGUCGCCCAACUCGAUGGACCACCACUGGACACAUGACACCGUGUCGCCGCACACUCCUUCUUUUCUGCCGGAUGAGGAGUAUGUUAAACUAGAAAGGGGUGCAGAAAGUACAAGCUUUUCCGGUCCGACUACUUUCCCUUCGAGAUCAUCCCCUGCCAGCCAUUCCCUUGUCGGCGCGACACAGCCAGUCGAUAUACCAUCGGCGCAUUCAAGACAAUCCAUAUCAUCACCAACCGGACUCGGUAGCGACACCAAACCCCGUCAUCUGUCCAAAUCUCGGACAGAGAGCAGGCAACCUCGCCAAAAAUACCUCCCUGGUGAUAAGUGGGAAACGUACAAAUGCGUGAUUCGGCAAUUGUAUCUCGACGAGGGAAAACCGCUCAAAGAAGUGAUGGAGAUCAUGAAAGAAUGCCAUGGAUUCGAGGCCUCAGCGAAGAUGUACAAGACGAGGUUCUCUCAGUGGGGUUUCGCGAAGAACAACACGGUGGAUGAGAUAAAAAAACUACUGGCAAUGAAGUUCGAACGAGACGCCCGGGGAAAGGUGACCGAGUUCAUCCGUAACGGAAAGCCGGUCAACUUACGAACCUACUUGAAACGGAAAGGAGUCACCGAGUACGACCUUUUGGAUCUCGCGUCGCCGGCCGAACUACCUCCCCAUGUGCGGUGCCGAACACCGACGCCACCGCCAGGAUUGACCUAUCUGCGACCACCGGACCAGCUGCACGCACAAGAACUACUCGUGGGCAACAUGAAGCGGGCAUUUUUGCAUCUCCGGCAACGAGAAAUAGAGGCGGCCAAGCCUCGAGGGUGGGCAUCAACGCUCACAUGGGGCGCCGGGUCGAGCGACAUGAUAUUCGAAGCGGGGAGGCUUUUCGCGAGCGGGGAGAACGGGCCAGCAGGCGACGUUCUGUUGCGGGCAUUCCAGGAUCUGGAAUUGGACCUGCGGCAGCUCUCGUCACAGGGGCUUCGCGAAUUGGUGCUCGCCAUGGCGCACCGGAACCUCGACCUGGUGCUCGCCGUCUCCCAGUACGUGGCGGCGUACACGACGACCCGGUACGAGACGAUGCACCCUCUCCGGCUGGCGUUCAACUGCCUGUACGAGGUGCAGCAGAAACACGGCGCGUCGGCGCUGACGGACCUUGUCUGGGGCAGCGUGCCAGCGCUGGCGGGCGAGAUGGAGGAGAUCUACGGGCGGCAGUCCCCCUACGUGACUCGGUUCUGGAUGGACCUCGCCAUGCUGCACGGCUACGUCAACACGAACAAGCUGGAGAGGCUUUACGCGGAGCUCCAGCCCCUCGAGCGGGGCCUCGUGGACGAGCACGGCACGGCCGGGUGCGAGACGCUCGCGUUCCGGUUCACGCAGUCGUAUCUGCUCUACCUCACGUCCCCCGAGAAGGCGGUGGAUCAGACGAUGGCGUUCAACGCGUGGCGGGUGCUCAAGAGGUCCAAGUUGGCGAACCGGGUCAAGGGACGGCCCAACGUGUACUGCUUCCACAGCACGCUCAGGCUGGAGCCGUGGAUGAAGCGCUGCAAGGAGAAGUACGCCAUGUUGACCAAAAUGGUACAGAGGACCCUCGGGGUCGAGAUCAUACUGUACUUUGAGGGAGAGCCGCACGUCCGGGAGCAUGCCGAUGAUGACGAGGAGGACGGGGACGAUGGACCUGAAUACCCGGGGCCGCCAUGAGGGAGAUCCCCCGGGAUAUAUGAUUAGCAACUGCCUCCCGAAUCCUUGUGCGUGGUAACUAACCAAAGCCAACCCGGAGAUACUGUACGGGUGCACGGAUUUCCCCAGGACAUAUAGAGGCGACAGACACGGGACUGAAGGGCUUAGGGAAUGUCAGGAUUAAUGCAAUCGACGCCGCAUGUUCUGAGGGUGGAGGACGUAGGGGGAGGGACGCUGGAC